UCUUGCACUGUAGUAAUAGCAGCCAUGCCCCAGUCCUCUGCGGCAUAACCUUAGGUUUCCAUUAUUUGUAUACUUGAUGAUCUCGACAAGCAUCACGUUUCGUGAGCACAGAUAAGCCAAGUCGUGUAUUUUUCUACUUGUUAGUCUCCCAUAUACACCCCCCUUGACAUGCGAACCUGUCAGGCGUUCAAUACCACCAGAUAAAUGACUGGAGGGUGAGAAGAAAUCAUCGUAUCGUAAAGGACCUAGAUAACGCUGUUACUCCGCCCAGGGUGGACCGGCAUGAUAUCCAUUGGUAUGAUGACUUUGCAUGCACAUAUUAUCGUCUCACUGGAUUCGUUAGAAAACUUUAGAUUCGUGUUCAAUACUACCCCAUCUCGAUCAACGGGUAGUGUACAGCUAUCAACUGAGAAUCGAAUCAUCUUCUUAUCAUGUUAUUGUCUGGUGUUCAGCGACUGCUUUGGUUUAUUCGUUGCGUUGAUGUUGCCCGCACUUUGCAGUAUUACCUGCCUACACACAACGUUAUCUCUUAUUCGAAUAAAUGUUCAGAUACUAUAUCAUGGUCGUGGCGAUCGUAUCUUGAUGCGGCACGAGCAACUGAUGCACGAAUACGUUGGUAAAAAUUCUACCACGAAUUUCUUGGGUACCAAUGAGUGUGCCAACGUGUAA